AUGGCGUCGACGCUGCUGGUGGAACAGCAUGUCAAGUUUAUCCAACAGCUGGAACAGAAGCGAGACAGUAGCUUGGCAUACCACAUGACUGCACAUCUUCGUAUGAAUGGUGUGUACUGGGGCGUUUGUGCACUUGAAUUAAUGCGUGCUGGUGAUGCACUUGAUCGCGAAGCACUCAUCAAGUUUGUCCUGAGUUGUUACGAUGGAUUGACUGGUGGAUUUGGUGCAUAUCCAUCGCAUGAUGCACACAUACUCAGUACACUUAGCGCCAUCCAAAUCCUGGCCUUGAAAGAUGCCUUAGAUGAGCUUGGCGAACGCCGCACCCGUAUUGUUGAAUUUGUAUUGAGUCUACAACGUCAAAACGGUUCGUUCCAGGGUGAUAAGUGGGGUGAAACAGAUACGCGCUUUUUGUACUGUGCGGUUAGUGCUUUAGCCCACCUACAUGCAUUGGAUAAGCUGGAUAAAGAAAAGACCAUCCAGUGGCUUUUGCGUUGCUCCAACUUUGACGGUGGCUUUGGGCUCACGGAAGGAGCAGAAAGUCAUGCGGCACAGGUGUUUACAUGUGUGGGUGCGCUUUCGAUACUAAACGCUCUGGAUCGAAUUGACCAAGACACAUUGGCGUGGUGGCUCGUGGAGCGACAAGUGCCUGGAGGUGGUUUGAACGGACGCCCUCAGAAACUGGAGGACGUCUGUUACAGCUGGUGGGUGCUAUCAUCAUUAAGCUUGAUAAAUCGAUUGCACUGGAUUGACGCAGAUAAGCUGCAAUCGUUUAUACUGUCAGCGCAGGACCCUGAUCGUGGUGGCAUUGCCGACAGGCCAGAGAAUGUGGCUGACGUCUUUCACACGCAAUUUGGUGUGGCUGGACUGUCCCUCCUUGGCUACGAAGGACUCGAGCGCGUGGACCCCACGUACUGCAUGCCCUAUUCUGUGACACGAAAGCUACAUAUAAGCCGGCCAUACCAGGAUUUAGCUUUAUAG